ACGAAACUUGGAAAAUGGCGAGAAGCAGAAAAGGUCGUCGAAAGAUACAGAUCGUAAAAAUGGAGAAAGAUAGUGACCUUCAAGUUACGUAUUCAAAAAGAAGACAAGGUCUUUUUAAAAAAGCUAGCGAGCUUUGCACCUUAUGUGGUGUAGAAAUUGGAAUACUUGUGUUUUCACCUGGUCGGAAAGUAUUUUCUUUUGGUAAUCCAGAUGUUAGAUAUGUAUUUAACCGUUUCAAAAUUUAUCACCAGAAUCCUUUUCAGCUUACUGAAUUUGGUCCAAGCGCAACUAUCCGAGAUCUUAACAGCAUACUCAGUCAGGAGCUGGUAAAGCUUGAAAAGGAGAAAGCAAGGAGGAAAAUUUUGGAGAAGAUUAGAAUUCAGAGAGAAGAAACAGAUAAAUGGUGGGAGAAACCUCCCAGUGAACUUAACUUGCGUCAAAACGCUUGUCUAGUAAGUGUUUUGGAAAAUCUGAGGAUGAAUUUGGGAAGUCCACGCUUCCAACAAGCAAUGGUUCCUCAGAAUUACUGUGGUGGAAGUAAUAACAACAUUGUUGGUGGCGGUAAUACCGAUCCUCUCGACGAAAGAAGCAUGUUCGAUGUGAAUGCGUUCAACUACAAUCCCAACAUGAUGAUUCCUAAUCAAGGACCAAUGUUAGGAUAUAACAACAUUAAGUUUGAGGUGUUUGAUCCGAUAUACAAUAUGAAUUGGCCUGAAUAUAAGCACGGUCCCUACUAGGACCAAGAUCGGAGGGGCGAAGGAAGAGGCAAGAAGAAACCUC